GCCAAAUCGUUGCGCGUGGCGCUAACGUUUUUUUUUAUAAAUAAAUAAAUACACCGUUUAAAAAUAAAUUUAUGCAAACCAACACACCUGAAGACGACCGAUUCGGAACGGGUAAGUAGUAGGCUGUGUGGUGUGUGAGAGAAGUAGACCUCGCCCAUGUUAAUCAAUGGGACAGGCUUCGUGAGGUAAUACGAGUGGAGGUGGAAUUCGGAACGGGUAAGUAGUAGGCUGUGUGGUGUGAGAGUAGUAGACCUCGCCCAUGUUAAUCAAUAGGACAGGUGGAAUUCGGAACGGGUAAGUUGAUACAAUUAAUAUAUUUUAAUAAUUAUCAUUAAUUUUAAGAAUUAUGAACAUUGUAAUUAUUAAUAUGAAUACCAUUCUUAUUUUAUACUUAUAUGUUAUUAUAUACUAAUAAUUAUAUCUAAAUAUAUUGAUAUUUUAAAUAUUAUUAAUAAAAACAUAUUCCGAUUCCGAUGUUUAAAGCAGUAAAUGAUUAUGAAUAUUAUCAUAAAUAGUAUUAUAAAUUUAUAAUUAUAUAUAACUAUUAUAUAAAAUAUUAAAAUAUAAACAUUAUUAAAAUUAAAUAAGCGUUUUUUGUAUCAUGGGGGAGAGAUGCGUCACGAGGCCACGCCCAUAUGGUUUGACGUCACGCGUCACGUGCAGGAAGAGGGGGCGGGGCUAUUAUAGUGACGGGUCGGAGACGUCACCACACGCGUCUCGCGGCUCACGGUCGAGUCAACCUCGCUCCUUCACUUCCGCUGCAGCUGUUGUUGUUUUUGACGUUGUUCUUGUUGUUGUUAUAAUCAACAACAACGCCGAGGGUUGGAAGAUGAACGGGCAGACUAAGUUCCUCAUCUACCUCUUCGUUGGGGCCAUCGUCAUGGCGGUGGCUGGAGACUGCAUGGUGGUGGUGGAGCAACGUGGCCUGCACCCCAGGGUGAAGAGGGCACGGAAUCGGAUUCAAACCGCGCUCAAGAGAGGCGUGGCGACGUUUAAGAAGAUUUUGCUAAUCGCGGUGCUGUGCGUCGUCAUCUUCAUCAGCCUCACCCUCUUCUACAACUACGGGGGGACUGUGCGUGGAGCCCUGUGGGCCAGCGAGGCCGCCCCCGUGCUGGUCGAGUCCGUGAGGAGCGACCCCCUGGCCUGGGUCAACGCCGCCGACGGCUUCGAGGCGGGGGCCGACGCCAGCGUCCGGGGCCUCGUGCAGGCCGCAGCCGACGCCGUCGGAGACCCCAGGCUCGCGAAGCUGUCGGACAAACUGUACGGCCGCGAUUCUGAGGAUCCGUGGGAAGGCGACGCUGGCUCGGAGGCCUCGCGAUCCUCGGAGCCACGGAUGGAGAUCCUCGUCGGCACUCGCUCGCAGCCACGGCAGAAGAAGCGGAAGAAGAUGGAGCGGGAGGAGGAGGAGGAGGAGAAGCUGGAGGGGAAGGAGAAGCGGAAGAGGAAGGAGAAGCAGGAGAAGCAGAAGAGGAAGGAGAAACAGGAGGAGAAGCAGAAGAGGAAGCAGGGGAAGGAGAAGCGGAAGAGGAAGCAGGAGGAGAAGCAACGUGAGAUGAUGAACAUGCACGAAGAUGAAGACGUCACGUGA